AUGGCGAUCACGGCACUCUCCGAGCCUCCCCAAAUCCACAGAUUCCGACAAUCCAAGUACAUAGACUCUGUCCGCUGGUUGCCUCCUCUCUCAGCCUUAGACCGCUUGGCCGUCAUCGCAGUUUUCGAUUCAGAUUCCGACUCUGCCGCCAUAGAAACCCACUCUUUUGCUCCAGACCCAGAAAAUCUAACCCAACAAUCUCAAUGGUUCUCGCCUUCACGAAUUUCCUCCCUCAAAACCUCUCAAUCCCACCACAAACCCUUAGUGGCCGCCGCAACAUUGGCGGGCUCCAUUCACAUCUUGUUUGGGGAUUCGAUGGACCCGGCAUCUCUCGAAUCGGAGCUUUCGAUGCCCGAAAAGGCAUUGCAUGAGGGACCCAUUUCUUGUGUGGAUAUAAUGGACGGUGGGGUGGAGUGUGUGAGUGUAGGGGAAGAUGGGAGGGUGAAUUUGGUCUCUGUCGGGGAGUCUGAGUUGAGCUACCAACGGAUUUUCGAUAGCAGCGGGUUGGUGUCGUUUACCACGGCGAAAUGGGCCUCCCCGAGUGAGUUUGCCACUGGAGGAUAUGGAUUUAGUCUCCAGUGGUGGGAUCAGAGAAAGCCUGGUGCGGCGGUGUCUCAGUUUAAGGGUAGCUGGUCUCAAAGAACAACUCCUGGGAUCAUACAUUCCAUUGAUAUUCAUCCUUCACGAAAGCACACUUGUCUGGCAGGAGGUUCCUUAGGUACUGUAUUUGCCUGGGAUCUUAGGUGGCCACAACAACCAAUUCUUCUUUCUGGUGUUGGGGCAGGUGAAACAACCCAUUCACCAUGCGAAAGUGAGGUUUGGGAGGUUCACUUUGACCACUAUGCAAAGUCUUCAAAUGUGGGAAAUGUCUCUUCACGUAUCUUACCUACUAUGAUCUGUUCAGAAGACGGUAUCCUUGCUGUUGUUGAACAGGGUGAAGAACCCAUUGAGCUCUUAGCUGAACCUUGUGCAAUCAACAGCUUUGACAUAGACCGGCAAUAUCCUUCUGAUGUGAUAUGUAGUUUGGAGUGGGAAUCCAUAGCCAUCUUGACAAGGUCAUGA